CCGUCCUUCCCUCCCUGCUGUGCUGCUCGCUAAGGACAUGCUGUGCCACAGCUGUCUGCUUCCUCUGCUGCAGUCAGGCAGGUUUGGAUUACUGUGCACGCUACUGAUGUCGAGCUCCUGUCGUGACCCAGCACCCCAUAGGAGGAGCAAAUGAGCUGAGACGUCAACGCAAAAAAUUAUAGCCAUGCGAGCUAUCCCUCUGCUCAGCUGCUUGGAGAGUGCAUACAUGGUUUGUGUGACAGCACCAGCACACAGAAGCAGCAAUGAAAUGCACUUAGCAAUACAGCUGGGAGACAGGCAGCGAGGCAGGCACUGGUCCAGUGACUAAAAUGAUCUUACCGUGAGCCAGGCUGCAGUGCCUCCAAAAGUGGUUGACUGCUAUACAGGAGCUCAGCUUUCUUUGCAAUUACUCCAGUUCCCACCCGGUGACUGCAGUGUGAGCUCCGUUUUGGUUUUGCUUGCCUUCUUGUUUCUUCUAUUUUUUUUCUCCCACCCGUCUCCCUCUCUCUCCUCCCGUGUCCUUCUCUCCAGGAUGGCGGAAGCAGAGUUGCACAAGGAAAGGCUCCAAGCCAUAGCAGAGAAAAGGAAAAGGCAGACAGAAAUAGAAGGCAAGAGACAACAGCUUGAGGACCAGAUACUUCAGCUGCAGCAUUUCAAGUCAAAAGCUCUUCGGGAAAAAUGGCUGCUACAGGGAAUUCCUGCUGGCUCUGCAGAAGAGGAAGAAGCCAGAAGGAGGCAGUCAGAAGAGGAUGAGCUGAAGGUGAAAAAGCUGGAAGAAAACAUACACAGGUUGGAACAAGAAAUACAGAAAUUAGAAAGUGAGGAGUCCCAAAUAUCUGCCAAAGAACAAGUAAUUUUGGAGAAACUAAAGGAGACUGAGAAAUCCUUCGACAACUUGCAAAAGAGUUUCUCCCACCAGGAUGGUGAUGCAGUAAAUUACAUUUACUCCCAGAUCCCUGAACUCCCAACCCUCUAUUCACGAACAGGAGAGCCAGUUCCUGGGUGGGACGGAGCAAGCAGAGUAGCUGCUUUGUGCACCAUGGAAAUUAAUGUGGAGAAAGACAAACAGACAGGAGAGACCAAGAUUGUCUCUGCUUCACCUGUUGGCCCAGAUGAGGCCCAUCAAAGAGGAUUCAAAGUCUAUGAUGAUGGUUCCAAGGUAGUCUAUGAGGUUCACUCUGGUGGCACAGUGGUAGAAAAUGGAGUACAUAAAUUAAGCUCAAAGGACGUAGAUGAACUUAUGCAAAAAGCUGGACAAUCAAGUGUAAAAGGAGGGUAUGAAACAAUGACUGUGUCAGACAGAAAUGUGGUAGCCGAUGGAAGCCUUAGCCAUAUGAAGGAGCAAAUGCUCUUCAAGGAGGCAAAGCUGGAAAUGGUACACAAAUCCAUCAAAGGAAAUGCUGUGAACCCUCAGCCCCAAGAUAAACCCUGUGGUGGUGAAACCCUGGAGGUCAGUGCAGAUCAGCCAGUGACAAUGAUAUUUAUGGGCUACCAGAACAUCGAUGAUGAAGAGGAGACAAAGAAAGUGCUGGGCUAUGAUGAGACCAUCAAGGCAGAGCUUGUGCUGAUUGAUGAGGACGACGAGAAGUCGUUGCGGGAGAAGACAGUGACAGACGUUUCCACCAUGGACGGGAACGCCGCUGAGCUGGUCUCUGGCAGGCCCCUGUCAGAUACAACAGAGCCCUCCUCUCCUGAGGGGAAGGAAGAGAGCCUGCCCUUGGAAGCUGCCCCAGGUGCAGGAGGAUUGGCUAUGCAUCUGGGGGACCCACUGGCAUCAUGCUCCUGUGAAAGUUCUGAAGCCAAAGAGGGUGCAGGGAAAUCUUCCAGAAUCCCUGAGGAUGACAUCCGGUUGAGAAAAAACAGAGACCAAAACUGUGCCAAUUUCUUGGAGCCAGCUACUGUGCUUGCUACAAAGGAAGAGAAAAUGGAAAUUGAAGUUCCAGUUUCUGAACACAAAAGCAUCACCACAGUGGCUUCACCACAUCCCGUAGACAAUCCAACCCACUUUUUUUCCUCUGCUGCCAGCCGCAAUGGACUUAAGGAAAGGCACGAAUCUCUGGACAGUGAAGUUGCUAAGGAGAUCAGAUACCUAGAUGAAGUGCUGGAAGCAAAUUGCUGCGAUUCUGCUGCAGAUAGUACCUUUAAUGGGACAUCCUCCCCUGAACCAAGUGCAAUCUCCAUUAUGGAUGGCUCAGGAGCAUCUGCUAAUGUCAGUAAAGAUUCAGGAUCCAGUGAAAGGGAAGAAAAUGUAGCUGACAAGCAGGCAGCCUUGGAAGUUGAGGCAUGUGAAGCUAGCAUAACAGAUGAGAACCUGAAAUCUAAUGGCCAUUCCUUGGGUGGACUGAAAGAAGACACUAGGGAGAGUCUGAAGGUGCCAGGAAGUCCCACUUCUUCAAACAGUUCUAGAAGAUCCUCUAAGGAUGGAGAAACAACUCUUACAACCCUUAAGAAAGAGGCAAAGUUUGAACUGCGAGCCUUCCAUGAAGACAAAAAGCCCUCAAAGCUCUUUGAAGAUGAGGAAGAAAAGGAAAAAUACAGAGUCCGCAAAGUGAGACAAUCGGAAGAAAUGAUGGAACUUGAAAAGGAAAGAAGGGAACUCAUUAAGAGCCAGGCUGUCAAGAAGAACCCCAGCAUUGCUGCCAAAUGGUGGAACCCUCCUCAAGAGAAGCCCCUGGAGGAUCAACUGGAUGAAGAUCAUCUGGAAUCUCACAAGAAGUACAAGGAGCGCAAGGAGAGACAGCAGCAGCAAGGUGCAACACCAGCAUCCCCCAAACAGGUCAGCUGCUCCUUUGUAGCCCCAGAGUCAGUCAGUAUCAAAAAAGAGGAUAUCGUUACUGAGCAAAUUGACUUCUCAGCUGCCAGAAAGCAGUUCCAGCUGAUGGAGCAUUCAGGUCCAUCUCAGGGUCAGGCCCCACCGAGGCGGUCAGGAACACCCAAGAUGUUCUCCAUCAAACCCUUCUACAAAAGCCUCAAUUCUCCAUAUGUGGACAAGCCGAUGUCCUCUGUGACAAGACCUGUUUCAGUCUGUGGGCAAACAGAAGGUAACAAUGUCCCAGUUGUCAAAGCACAGAAAGUCUCCUGUACCUCAGAAGAUGACAAAGGUACCCAGACUACUGUGGCUGACACAGCAAGAGAGCUACCAUGCAGUGAUAGCCCCAGAGCUGGACCAGCCUCAAAACUGUGGGCAGAGGAUGGAGAAUUCAUGAGUGCAAGAGCGGUCUUCACAGUGGUGAAGGAUGAUGGACAAGGAAUUCUAGACCACUUCCCAAAGUCAGGCAGCGCCUCUUCCCCUCCAGAGGAGCUUGACUCAGGUUUGGAUGAUUUGUCUGUUAGGUCUCAGGAUACCACUGUCUUGGAGACCCUUUCUAAUGACUUCAGCAUGGAUAACAUAAGCGACAGUGGUGCCUCCAAUGAGACCAUGAGCGCCCUGCAGGAAAGUUCGCUGGCAGAUUUCUCCCUGCCGCAGACCCCACAGGCCGACACUCCAGCAGAGAGUAGGAGUGAAGGCAUCUCCAAGUCUUUCAGCGACCCAGGCUGUGAAUCCCCCUCCUCUGCCUUGGCAGACUCCAUGCUGAUGGAUGACCAGCUGGAGUACCAGGCUGGCCUUCUUGUUCAAAAUGCCAUCCAACAAGCCAUAGCCGAGCAGGCGGAUAAAGGAAACUGCGAGGAAGAAGAAAUACCAGCAGAGAAAGAGAUCUCAGUCCAAGAGCAGCCAGCCACCACUGGGCCAGCUCCAGCCUCCAAGGAGCAUCAGAACCCAAUGUUUGAGCCACCCCAGGUGUCUUCACCAGUUCAAGAAAAAAGGGACGCCAUACCAAAGACUUCAAAAGAGGAAGACUCAGGACUCAGAGAAGGGAAGAAUUUGCAGCAGUCACCCAUGUACUCAGCCAGCCAGCCGUUCCUUGUGGAGGAAGGCAAACAUGAAGUCAGCUAUUUCAGCAAGUAUUCAGAGGCAGCUGAGCUUAGGAGCACGGCCUCCAUCUUGGCCACACAGGAGCCUGAAGUGACCGUAGGCCCUUUCAAGUUACGGUCAAGGAAACAGCGAACUUUGUCGAUGAUAGAAGAAGAGAUCAGAGCUGCCCAGGAGCGAGAAGAGGAGCUGAAGAGGCAGCGGCAAGGUCUGCAAAUGGCACCAGGCCCUGUUACAAAGAGUGUACCACCCAUGCCCACCAGAACCGUGUCUUACAAAACUGCACCAGGGAAGAUAGAGAAGAUCAAGCCUCCUCCAUCCCCUACCACCGAAGGCCCUGUCUCACAGUCAGACCCUCCAUCCGAGGAGUCUGCUGGAGCCCAGCGACCCAAGAACCUGAUGCAGACCCUGAUGGAGGAUUAUGAAACACACAAAACUAAGAGACGAGAAAGGAUGGACGACAGCAGUUACACCUGUAAAUUACUGUCUAGCAAGGUUACUUCUGAGGUCCUGGAGGCGACCAGGGUGAACCGCAGGAAGAGCGCUCUGGCAUUGCGCUGGGAAGCCGGCAUUUAUGCCAACCGAGAGGAGGAUGAAUAACCACACUGCGGUGUGAAGACAGCGACCAGGCAUGCCGGAACCAAAAAAAGAGAAAGGAAGAAAGAAAAACAAAAAAAAUCCAAACACAAAAACCCACCAUGAAAGCAGCAGCAUUUUAGUCCAAUAUUUAUUAAAUACACAAGAAACUCGAUGCACAUAGACACAGAAAUGAUCCUGCUCCGGGCAAUCCUGAAGUUACAGGAAGAACACACCUAGAAAAUAGCCCCUUCUUCUUCUCUCCAUCUCCCCUCUGAAAAUAAUGCAGUGGAGAGGCUGCAGGGGGUGGGAGCUCUUGGGGGUGGGCACAAGGGGGUGUCCAAGAUUGUCCCUGUGUGGACCAGAUAGGCUGCAGGCAUAUGGCAGGAAGUUGUCAUGGACGAGUCUGUGGCCAGAGCUCACACCUGUGCUUCGUGUUGACUGAAUUGACAGCCCUGCCUUGCCCCCAGGAUCACUGUCCACCCAGCAGCUCCUGUCAGAACCUCCUGCAGUUCCUUUGCCUCCCACAGCCGCUGCACCAAGACCGUCAGCAUUAAUUCGGCAUACUCUUAUCCAGCCACAACACACGAAGAUACUGCCCUCUGUUCUAUUUCUUUGAGGACACUGAAGGGUUGGGUUUGGGGUUGGACUGGUUGUUUUGGGGGGGUGGGUUCUGCUCCCCUUUCUAGUAAUUUAUCUGUUUAAAAGGAGAAAAACCCAACAAACAGGGAGGCAGUUAUUGCAAAUAUACAAUCCAGCAGACUCAGUCAAACAGUCCUUGUGUUGCAAACACAAGCCAUCACAAUUUAGGAGUGGAAUAGAUGGGGAUGAGAGCUAAGCCAAAUGGAUUACCUUAGCUUUAGGAUCCUAUAUGCUUGCAAUAUCACCUGAACUCCAGGUUCUCAGAGCAUAUUUACACAACAAAGUUUCUAAGUAGAAAAUCUGUAUUUAGCGGAUGACAACUAUUUUUUGAUGGUGGGGAGGGAAAAGAAUGGCAUAUGUAUUAAAUCUUUGAAGAUGGAUAAUUUGAAGCAGAAAGGUAGUGGGAAAGGGAUAAUAAAGGACAUUUAAUUUUUAAAUGAGGCAAUAAUUGAACUAAGCCAGACUCUGGCCUAGAAAGAGGUAAGAAAUAAAGAAAAAAGAUAGUUAUGUGUUCAACUAUAUUUAUACAACGUAAAAAGCCUUUGAAGUAGAGUGCUUUGUGGAAGUCUUCACGUUUCCAGGCAACAAAAAAGCUAAAGGGCAUAAUGAGUUGGAAGGAAUGAGCAAGGAAGAGCAGACAGGGGAAGAAAACAUUACUUCUGCUGUUCAGCAGGUGUUUCCAGCGCUACAAGCGAACCAUAGAGCCUUUAGUUAUUGCUUAGGCUUGGGAUCAGCAGUGAAGGAUUAGUGUGGUUCUGUGUGCGCGUGUGGGCACGUGUGUGUGCGCGUGUGCGCGGGUGUGUGCGGGUGUGUGCGUGAGGCUGGCAUACCAGGAAGUGUAUGGCAGUGUGUGUACUGAUUAUUUUCUCCAAAGCUGUUAUACCAGCUAUAGUUGUGAGUUAUGAUUUUUUUUUUUUUUCCGAAAGGGGAUAUAAAAAUAAGGCACUGAGUUAAUGCAGUAUUUGUGAUAUUAAAAUUUGACCCAACAUGGUAUUUGCAUGAGUCACAAUUGCAAAGUAUUGACCAGUUUUGUAAGCUGACGAUUAGGAAAAGAAAUGUGGUAUUAAUUCUUGUGCUUUGUAUUUGUAUGUAGUAUAGAGGCUGCGGGUUUACUCUUUCUUAUCACCAAGCAAUACAAUAGGAGUAUUUUACAACUGGGAACCAUAAUUUCUGGACUAGAAACCAACAAGUUUGGGAGGUGAUGGGAAAAAAGACACCGAGCUUUUUUCUAUACAGAAUACUGUCUUUUUUACAGUCAGUUAUUAUUUUGACAUCUUUUUAAGAAAUCAUCAGCCAGGAUACUGUGUCCUCCCUAAGCCUUUCCUUGGUUUCAUGACCUGCUGUGCUGUUUUAUCCUGAAACAGUGAGCUCAUUUAAAAUGAGUACCGAUACUGUGAACAUACUUUUGGUGCUUUUCUUAAACACAGAGCUUGCAACCAAAUUAUUCACCACCACCACCCUUCAGCACGUGAUUUCUGUCCAUGGACACAUAUAAUUUGGAGGCUUAUUUUCAGGGAAUUGUAGCAAAUACAAUUGUAUAUACCCAUGGACUCAGUUCUGUCAGUUGUCUCCAUAAGUGCUAUUGAAUAGAAGAAAACUGCUGCUGAACCGAGAGUUCACUGUGAUAAGGGCAGCAAGCUUAUCUCAAGGAGGCACCAUGCCUGUGAAGGAAUUACAUACCUAAUGAAGGGGACCUGUUGUUCAGACGUGGCAGUCGACACUGUGAUUAGUAUCUGCAGGCGGGUCGUUACUGUACAGCUGUAGGAAAAGCAGUGGCACCAGUGCAGCACUAGUGAGACCAUACAUGAUGUAGCUGCAUCUGUGAGCUCUGCACAUCUGUGUCAAGAAGAUUCCUGGCUCCCUCCACCUCUGGGGAGAGAUUAAGAGAGAAUGGGAAGAAGGAGUUUCCUGAGAAGAGGAUAUGGCCUCUGUACUUGUGCUGAGGUGGUGUUGCAUUAAAUGGCGCUUUUCAGAGUUUCCUCCAAUAUUUGCUCCUGAAAGCUGGCUGAGCCCUGGACUGCCUUCCCAGGAACUUGUGGUAGUAUGUUCUUUAGCCUGUAGGCCUGUUUUUCCCCCCUGCUCUCUCAUUGGAAGCUAGUGACAUUGAUCACUCAUUGUCGGGCAUCUUUUCAUGCUUUGCCACAUCCCCCCCAUACUGCUACAAUUGGCCUGAAGUGAAAAUUAAAUUGUUCCUCUAGAAGGGGGAUGUGGCGGUGAGGAGACUCCAGGCAGGAGUCCUCUGCGAUAGAAGUAUUUGCUCUCAGCCCCUGCCACAAAAGUAUUGGCAUGUAUCAGUCCAAGACAGACAGACUUUCCACCCAGCAGUUUUUCUCUUCCAGAAAUUAUGGACACUCAUAGUCAGCAGCACAUUCAGUGCUGUGGUAACAAGAGUGAGAUGCAGUUUCCUUGCCUCUGUUAUUUGAUUUGCAUGCUACCAAGCUUAGGUGUUUAUAAGUAUACGCCAGUAUUACAUAUCUAUCUAUAUAUGACUGUAUCAAAUGCAACAAAAGAGCACUAUUGCAGAGUUAACUUUGUCUCCACAAAAGAAACGCUGAGAUCCUUUCCCGUGGCAAAGACUGGUUUUAAUGAAACUGUGUAUUGAAAAAUAGUUAAGCAUUAGCAUUUGUGAUCAUAAUCAGUUUGGAGUUACAGUGCAGGUUUUCUGAACAGUUCGUUUUUAAAGCUGCCAAUUUGGGCUUCAUCUUGCUCUGUACUGACAUUAUCUGAAGGAAAAUAGAGUAGCAGUGACAUGUUUGGCAGCCAAAAGGCAGCAUCCUUGUCAUGACUUACCAACUAGUUUCAACAAUACCUGGCUUUCUGUAUGUUAACCACUUAAAUGUUAUCCUGCUUCUGUUUUAUAGUGACUGUGAGGCCUACAAUGCAAGUAUAUAAUUAUUUUCUCAUUAAAACAGAAACCUGUGUUGUGUUUCUAUAAA